AUGGGGAAGGCCACGUUCGUAUACAGCGACGACGACGUAUGCCACGAGGAGGGCCGCUUCAAGAAGAUCCAGCAGGACACGUUAGAUGAGUCCUUAUCGCGCCCGUGGGUCGCUGCGAGGUUUCUACACAAGUACUUGCGGCCAUUCGCCAGGAACUACACUCCCAACGAGUCGCUCGUGAUGCUGGGCGAUAUCAAGUCGCUGAGCACGGAGAUGCACAGGGAUCUCGUGUGGUUGGCUUCCAGGCUCUCAGGGGGAGACGACCCGCCGCCCGAGGACGGCCAGGUGGCAGACGUGGUCGAGCGAACCUUGAUUGCCGUUGCUCACGCGAACACGCCCGCGAAACCUGUCGUGAAGGCGCACCUCAUCGAGACAUUGGAUUGCAUCCCUGGGACGCGCAAGCCAGGGAAGAAGGGCUCAUCAAAGUGGCAGAACAUUACAGCUGCCAUCGGGAAGUCGAAUCUGCGCCUCUUCACGCAGGCCGACACCAACGCCUUGAGGAAGCUCAUGGUCAACUACGACAAGAUGAUGCGGACGUGGAAUACAUGCGGCGGCAGGGGCGGCCUUGGAGAAUGGGAGGAAUGGGGCAACCCGUUCGAUCACAUUGACAAUACAUCUACGCUGGUUGCAGUUGGUUCCGUCGAGUGGUACGCGAUGAUUCUGGAGCACCUGAGCAGUCCCGUGACGGCCCUUGACGGCGUGUCCACCACGAAGGUCAGAUGCGUUGAGAUGCCUUCCUUGGGUGCGUUGCAAGAGUACGCCAACGGCAAGACGGAUCGGCGCCAGCCUGUGCUCGACGCGUACAUCCAGCGCUGCGUCGCCCACUACAACAGCAACGAGCGGUUGGUUAAGCUGCCAAUGGAUUAUUACACCUCUGACCCAUAUGCGCGCGCGCUGUGCAGAGGGGUCGGUGGUCAGGAGCUCACUCGCGAGGCACGGGUAGCCGCAUUCCCCGACUACAUCGAGAGCGACGCUCCGCGUUGCCACCCGCGCUUGUUCAAGAAGGCACUGCAGGCGCGCGGCUUGUGGAGUGAUGACAGGUUCCCCAUGAUCCGCAAGUCCUGCGCCGACUACAAGAAGUGGCGGGAGGCCGUUGCCAUGUACCUCGAGGUCACCGCUGACGAGUCCAAGGUUGAGUUGAUCAAGCUGUUCUACGGUGCUCGGCCAGCCACGCAGUUGCCGUGGCUUUUGAAGCUCUCCAACGAGAUUGUGGACGGCACCCGCCCCCUGCUCGGUUGCGCCGAGUUCGCGGAAUACAACGUCUUAUACGCCGACCGCCCCAGCCCCGCAGUCAGCAGGAUCGCGGCCAUCCUGUCGCACAUGGAGAAUGAUGCGUUGAUGGUUCUGUUGGACAAGGUUCGGGGCGCGGGGAGCACCAGCGAGGUUCUCAUAUUCGACGGCCUCCUCGCGAAAGUCGUGGAUUUCCGAUGCGAGGCGAUGCUCGCGGCAGCCGUGGCCGAGGCGAGCGCAGCCGCUGGCGUGGAGUUCCAGAUCAAGUCAUGGCAGCGCGGGGCCGAGCACGUGCGCUUCGCCAGGGCAGUGCUUCGCGGCUCACAGACGGUUGUCGUGCGGAGGGGGCGCGGCGAUCGCGAGGUAGCCAAUUGCGUCGUCUCGGUGGCUGACUGGGCACAGCUGGCCCCCAAAACCAUGCUCGACGAAGAGAGCGCGACCAUGACGGUAAAGGAGUUCAACGAGUCCGAGUUGGACCAUUCCCAGCGGGAUGCGGCCAAGAUCCCUCAGUUCACCAAGGAGACUGCGAACGACGUCUUCCGCCUCGACCAUCCCGAGGGCGCUGUCUACGGUGUCAUUGAGCCUCAAUCAGCGCCUGCGCCUGCACAUUGCCAUGGCGUCAGAAUCUUGGAGGGCGAUUGCGUGGCGCUCUGGGGCCCAACGGCGCCUUCAGUCGAGAUGCACCUGCCCUUGGCCGGCCUUGAGGCGUUCGCAGAGGGCAUGGACUUGAAAUGGUUCUCGCUCGAAGCGGUGCACGCAGAUGCGGCGUUGCCGGCUGGCGGCGGCGACGCGGACUACGCCAUUCCAGCUGCGGGCGCCGACGCGUUGUUCCAGCCAGGACCUGGCUUGCAGAUGGCCGUAGACACUGACGGGCCCUUCGAGACGAACCUGUGGAAGUGCGUCCACUGCCAUUCCCCCUUACAAUUGCACAGAGGGGAGGGUUGCGAGAUCUCCAGCACCCCUUACGACCUCCACCAGACCACUGAGAUUGCGGUGAGGACAUGGCGGUGCACUAACAAAGGACGCAGGCUCACGUACGGCCCAAACUUCAUGUGGGUCGAGGGCGACAAAGUGAACACAGCCACGGUGGCCGACUUCGAACAGUCUGGCAGAGUCUUCGUGAGCAACAAUAGGGCGUUCACCAUGCGCUAUCUGCGCUACCACGAGAAGCUGAUGUUCCGCGCCUUCACGACGGCUCGCGGCAUCGACUGGGUCACGAAGGAAGUCUUUGCGAACAAGGCCGAUGAAGGAUACGGCAAGGAGUUCGUCACCGAUUUCAGAAAGCUCCACCUCGACGCGAUGUCCCUGAUCGCAGUGCAGGAGAUGGGGCCGAUCAAGGAGCACCGCGGGGUCGUCAUCGGCGAGGAGAUCACCGACGAUCACUUCUCCAAGCUGGACAGCUACUAUCACAGGAACGCGUUCCCCGCUCCGCGCCCGAAAGACAUCGCAGUUCUCGUCGGGGACGGGCGCGAGAAAGUCCUCACGAAAUGCAAUGGGGAGGAGAGGCAGCAGCGCGCCGUGCGCAGGGGGGCAGCAGCGAUGAAGGGGUCAAUGAAAAGGGCGCGCAAGACCGCCAUCAUGAAGCACGCCCUCCGCGUGAAGCCCGCCGCGAAGAAGAAGUCAGUGGUUCUCAAGAGGCCGUCCGCCGCGCCAGUUCGCAGGAGGCCGUCUGCCGCUGCACCAGGCAAGAGGCCGUCCGCCGCAGCGAUUCGGAAGAAGGCGCAGUACAAGAACAGCGUCAAGGCAGUCCGCCACAUGCAUCACAACCACGGCUGGUUCAUGGCCCUCACCCCCGAGGGGCGCAUCGUUGCCGCAGUCGAGCAGAAGAACCCCGAGGGCAACGGCGUGGCGGCCGAAGCCCUGACCCGCGCGCUCAAGAAGCACCCCAACGUCAACACGUUCGUGUACGACAGGUGCUGCUCCUUCUACGUAUCAGCCCAGAAGUUGCCUGCCUGCAAGGACAUCAAGUACUGGUCCGUAGAUUGGAUGCACGCGAAGGGCCACGCCCGCAGCUGCCCCUGCAACCCGUACCACAUCAUGCGGUUGGGCCGCCGCUUGACGGGCAUCAACACGCAGGUGGCGGAGCAAUCCUUCUCGUGGUUUAGGGGCUACGCGCGGCCGCUGAACGAGAUGUCCCCGCUGCGCCACAAGCUCUGCGUGCUCUACUUCGCCAAGCUGCACAACAAGUAUGUGGAGGAGCAUAACGCCGAUUACCUGCCCCCGAAGGAGAGCCUCAAGACGACGCAGGGGAAGGGCGGGCAUUACGGCGCGGCCGGCUGCCCGGACGUCUGGGCCGUGGCCGUUGCCGUCGGUGUUGCUGCAGUGCAGUGGGAGGAGCAGUGGCUGCAGCGCAUGAGGAGCAGGGGGCUCUCGCCGGACAGCGUGAGCUACUCCACGGUCAUCCACGCGUGCGUCAAGGCCCACCAGCUCAUGAGGUCGGAGCACUGGCUGCGCGAGAUGGUCGACGCCGGCGAGCCCUUCAGCGCCUUCUGCCACGACUCCGUCAUCCAGGCCUGCGCCCACGCCGGCCAGCUCCACCGGGCAGAGCAUUGGUUGAAGGAGGCCCUCAAGCACGGUGGCAGCUUGAACCCGAACUCCUUCACCAGCCUCAUUUCCAGGUGCGCGCGCAGCGGCGAACUCGACAAGGCCGCGCAGUGGCUCGCCGAGAUGGAGAAGCACACGGCGGUGCCGGCCGCCGUCUACCAGGUCGUGGCUGCCUGCCAGGGGCGUACCGGCAAGGCGGACCGCAGCCGGGAGCUCCCGCACAAGAGCUCCUGA